ACAGCCUCUCUUCUAUGUCUAUAAAAUAAAACUUAGAGAUUACAUUUACCAGGAAAUUUGUACAAAUGAGAAAAUAUCUGUCUUCAUGUAAUACUCUAGAGUGGGAUGUGACUCUGAUUAACAGCUGCAGAGCUGCUCUCAACACAGCUUCUCUGUAAUAUUUAUGCAAAUCUCCACCUCCUCUUGUAAUAUUAGCACCGUGCUUAUUUAGAGAGGAAGCGGUUCUCAUUAAUCCUCCUUCAACACAAACAUGUUUACUUCAGCUCCACUGCUGCUGCUGCUGGCUCUCGCCCCCUCUGUGUUCUGUGCUACUGAGCUCCUCCAGCCAGACUCAGUGGUUAUAAAGCCAGGAGAAACUUUAACCAUCACCUGUAGAGUGUCUGGAGCUUCUAUCACUGAUAGCAGCAGCCACUAUGGAACAGCUUGGAUUCGACAACCUGCAGGAAAAUCUCUGGAAUGGAUCAACAGCAUUUAUUAUAAUGGGGGUAUUAAUAAGAAAGAUUCACUUAAAGACAAGUUUGUCAUCUCUCGAGACACAUCCAGCAACACAGUAAUAUUAACAGGGCAGAACAUGCAGACUGAAGACACAGCUGUGUAUUACUGCGCUCGUGAACCACAAUCUCUUGUGGAGGAGGGCACAUCAUUCAGUGGUGACAAAUAUACGCCUGCUAUUGACAACCUACUGCAGGAAUUUGAUGAGCGCUUUACUGAUUUCAAGGCACACCAUGACACUUUCCAGCUGUAUGCAGACCCCUUCUCAGUUGAUGUGGAGAGUGUCCCAAAACAUAUGCAACAGAGUGGCUGGGGCCUGUCUGCAUCGACAACAUGUGGGAUCUACGUCGGAAUUAAUCUUCGAGAGUCUAGCUUUGGACCAAUGCAGACGGUGAACAAUUUUAAAUUGGACAACCGCAUGUCUGAGACAUAUGGAGGAGGAGAAAAUCCCCUGGAUUACCUUGCACCAAUCAGCAUCAGAAAUUGA